AAAACCCAGAUAUCCAAUCCGGCCCUUCUCAUCAGUUGUCAGUCACGCAUCGGCGCCGCCCUCCGGCCAGCAGCGACUCGCCGACACAUCUUCAAAGAGUCCCGCCGUCGUAUGCGUGGCUCCCCUCCCCGGCCUCUCGUCUCGUGGGAGGUCUGGAUCGACCGCUUCCUCCGCUCGUCGCGGCGAAUCCAACCAACGCCGGCGUCCCUCCGCGCCGCAGCUUCCUGUGCUGAAUCUCGCCGCUCCCCGAGUCCGGGAACGCACGGAGCGGGCGCGGCGAGCGGCUGGCACCUUGGUUCAAAUCUCGCCGCGAAACUUCUAGUAGCAGGCAGCGGUUUAAAUCUCGAAUUUAUCCAUUUUGGUGUUCGGCUGAGCCCCCAUGGCCGACGCUAGGUCCGCCCCUGAAUCGCUGCCGCCCGCGUUUCUCGAGUUCCUCCAGGAGAAUGGCUUGGACCCAAUGAUGUAUUCCAUGGUCGACACCAUCCCACGAUACAUAAGGCUAAAACCAGGCAUGGAGCCCCAUAUUCCAGAGAUUCAGAGCGAGCUGACGUGCCAUCUCAACAAGGUUUCAUGGCUGCCAGAUUUCUACGCAAUUCCGCCUCAAGUUCAGAUUGCUAGCUCCAUGGCCUAUCAGCAAGGAAAGAUCUAUGGAAUUGAUGCAGCUUCUGGAGCUGCUGUCUUAGCACUUGAUGUUCAACCAGGAGAACAUGUUCUGGACCUCUGUGCUGCCCCAGGUGCAAAGCUUUGCAUGCUUGCAGAUAUGCUUGGAGGCAGAGGUUCUCUGACUGGCGUUGAUGUUGCAAAGCACCGUCUUGCGGCCUGUCGUACGAUGUUGCAGAAGUAUUCUCUCGGAGAUCGUUGUCGUCUCUUUGUUGCCGAUGGGACUUCAUUUUCUAUAUUACCUGUGAACUCUAGCUUGGGUAAUGGAGAAGGAUCAACUUGUCAUAAGGACAAUGGAAGUACAUUGUCGGAAUGGACUUCAAAGAGAUCGUGGAAAGACCGACAAAAGUCUAAAAAGGCAAGAAUGGCGGGUUCACCUCAUCUAACAUCAACUUCAGAACCUGAACUGAUAUACUAUGGCAAACAUUCAGGAUUAGUUGGAUUACGCAAAUGUGAUGCUAUUCGUCCAUCAGCUGAUGAUGAAGCCCAGACAUCUGGCUAUGACAAAGUCCUAGUUGAUGCAGAAUGUACUCAUGAUGGAUCCAUAAAGCACAUCCAAAAAUUUGAGUUCUGGGGAUGGAAAACCUUAGAUCGUCGUGUACUUGAUGCAGAAAGAACUGAUGACCUGCUUCAUCUUCAGUUACGCCUUCUCACUAAUGGUUUUAAAUUAUUGAAAACUGGUGGAUCACUAGUAUAUAGUACUUGCAGCUUGACAGUUGCACAAAAUGAGAAUGUGGUUCAACAGUUUCUUUGCAAACACUCUUCAGCAGAGCUACAAAAGAUUGAUUCAGCUGACAGUUGGCCUUGCAGAAGUGGCAGCAUCUUCAAAACAUUGCGAUUUGAUCCUGCAACUUCACAAACGAGUGGCCUUUUUGUUGCCAAGUUCACUAAAUUACAGAUUUAGAGCAUAUCUGAUCAGUCUCCAUGUAGUUCUAAAGAUGUGCAUUUAACUAGUAUAUGAUUCCAUGUGCACGUUAGAUGUUCACAAGUAACUGUAUGCUUCAAAUUCCCGGAGCCAUCACUGUUAUGGUUUGCGAAGCAAAGUGGUGCAAACUGUCAGCUAUGCGAAUCUAAACUUGCAAUUUGGAAGGUAUGAUUUGUAAUACUGGCUUCAACUCGAGUACAUCCGAAGACAGAUAAAGAGGUGUCAUAGAAUUUUUGCGACGCUAUCUGUCAAGAUAUAAGUUUGGCAUCAAUACACAGUAAAAAUUUCCAGGGUUGAUAACAUGGCAUUGUGUGCGCGCGCGUGCGUGUGCUUUCCUGGACUGGUAUCAUGCCCUUACUCAAUGCAGCAACUUGAGGAUUGUGUCAUGUCCAAAAUAAUAUGGUGUAACUUACCUUGCGUAUAUUUGUUACUAUACUUUACAUGGGCGUUGCUCUUUUACUA